CGCUCUGUGGUUGAUCAGCUGUGUAGUGCUGCUGCAAGCGUUGGAGAACUGAGGUCUGGGUAGCUGGCUACUGUUCUUGCUUAUGCUACUGCUCUUGCAUCAUCAAAGUGAGCAAUGCGGCAAUGCGUCGCUCGUCGAGUGCUGCUUUUGCAAAAGGCUAGCAUGCUGCAAAGCCGGCAGCAAAAAAGCUGCACAGCGCACGCGGGCACAGGACUGCAAGAGCAAGGCUGAGUGUGUUCAAAAUCCAGCGUGAACGCGUGCGAAACGCUGGUAAAACGCCUACGGGCAGAGACCCAGCAGGCAUAGAGGACUGCAGCACCAAGCGAAAGUUUUGCGCGCGGCACGCAUGGCGCACCUCAGACGACUGCUGUGCUGCAGCAGCCUCGCGCUCGUCGCCGCGAAGCGCCGGUCGCCCAGCGAGCGGACGCCGGAGCGCCGCAGCCCGCGCCGCGGCCUGCUCUUCGCCGGCGACGCCGAUCCCGAGCGGUAUUACAACGCGUCCUGGACGCCGGGCCCACCCCAAGCGUGGAAUUCGACGCGACGCCUCACCUCCACCAAUCUGAUCGACCCGGCGGCGCACGCCGUCACGAGCCUGCCCGGCCUGCCGGCCGACUGGGCCGGCCGCCACUGGGCCGGCAUGGUGGACUCGGACGAUCGGACGGGCGGCCGCCUCUUCUACUGGCUCUUUGAGAAAAAAGAAAGCGGGCCGGCGCCGGUCAUCAUUUGGCUCAAUGGAGGGCCCGGCUGCUCGAGCAUGGACGGGCUAUUCUUGGAGCUCGGGCCGUUGAAACUUGCGCCACGCGGCGCGACGCCGGCGCUACGGACCCGCGGCGAGAGCUGGCACCGCGCGGCCCACGCGCUGUUCGUCGACCAGCCCGUGGGCACUGGGUUCUCCAGAACGUCGCCGCGCGGCUACUGCAAAAACGACCAGUGCAUCGUCGACCAGUUCGAGACGUUUCUGGCGCGGCUCGCCCGGAGCCACCCCGACCUCUUGCUGAAGGAUGCCGCGACGUCGGUGCCGAUCUACUUCGCGGGCGAGAGCCACGCCGGGCACUACAUCCCGUUGAUGGUCCAGAAACUGCUGUAUUACGCCACUUCUGGUAUUCAGUGGGACGUGAAGGGCGCGGCCCUCGGCAACGCGUGGGUCGACCCCUGGCACCAGUACGACGCGACGCGAGCAGCUAGAGCCCUAGGCAUCAUCUCCGACCAAGAAGCGUCGCGCAUCGUGGUCAAGGAGAAGUCGUGCCAGGCGAAACUAUCGAGGGGCACGUACGUUUCGAAGGAGUGCUGGGAUUUACUUGAUGACGUAUUACGUGUCACACGAACGCGAGCCGGGCGCAUCGGUCUGGGAGCCAACCAGUACGACGCGCGCGACGCCGUGCGCUCCAGUCGCUUCUUCCCGCCCGACCACGAGCGGGUGGAAGCGUACAUGAAUCGUCCUGACGUGAGAACGGCUUUACACGUGGACCGGGCGUCGCAGCGGUUCCGGGAGUGCGCGGACCCGCCCUAUGACGCUCUGAGACACCAGGACGGGCUCGGCGUCGUGCCUACUCUUAGGAGAUUGUUAGAUGGUCCAAAGGCUGUGCGCCUCCUCUUCUACAACGGCGACAUGGACUUGAUCUGCAACCACCUCGGCGUCGAGCGGAGCCUCGCGGCGCUGGCGUGGACGGGCCGCGAUCAAUUCAGAGACCAGAGGCGACGCGCGUGGAUUAGGGGAGACGUUACUGUAGGCCACGUGCGCCGGGCCAAGAAUCUGGAGCUCCUCGUGGUCCGCGACAGCGGUCAUAUGGUGCCCAUGGACCAACCGGAAAUUGCAUUGGACAUGAUCGAUAGCUUCAUUACUGGUAAGCCGAUCGGUGGCGACCCACCCGCGCCGGGCGCCUGCGCGAAUUCAUGCGCACUGGAGGCGCGCCACCACGGGCGCUUCCGCCGCUACCGGGGCUCCGGCCACUUCUAGUAGAGUUGUGUAACGUGUUGAUCGUCGUG